AUGGCUGACUUAGAUGGAUUACCACCAGUAGACCCAACCACGGGUGAACCAAUCAUUAACCCAUUGAAGGAAGAUGGUACUGCAAAGACUCCAAAGGAAAUUGAAAAGGAAAAAAAGAAGGCUGAAAAGCUUUUGAAAUUCGCUGCUAAGCAAGCUAAGAAAAAGGCUGCUGCUGCUACUGCUAAUCCUCAGAAGAAGGCCAAGAAACCAAAGAAGGAAGCUGAACCAAUCCCUGAAUUUGUUGAUAAAACAGUUCCAGGUGAAAAGAAAGUAUUGGUUUCCCUUGAUGACCCAUCUUUGAAAUCUUACAAUCCUGCCAAUGUCGAAAGUUCAUGGUAUGACUGGUGGGUGAAAUCGGGUUUUUUUGAGCCAGAAUUCACUGAAGACGGUGAAAUCAAACCUGAGGGUCUAUUUUGUAUUCCAUGUCCACCACCAAAUGUUACAGGUGCCUUACAUAUCGGACAUGCAUUAACUAUUUCUAUUCAAGAUUCUUUGAUCAGAUAUAAUAGAAUGAAGGGGAAAACUGUUUUAUUCUUGCCGGGUUUCGAUCAUGCUGGUAUUGCUACCCAAUCCGUCGUGGAAAAGCAAAUGUGGGCUAAGGAAAAGAAAACUAGACACGAUUAUGGUAGAACUGAAUUUGUCAAUAAAGUUUGGGAGUGGAAGGAUGAAUAUCAUAACAGAAUUAAGAACCAAAUUAAGAAUCUAGGUGCAUCUUACGAUUGGACUCGUGAAGCUUUCACUUUAGAUCCAAAAUUAACUAAUGCGGUCGUUGAGGCUUUCGUUAGAUUACACGACGAUGGUACUAUUUAUCGUGCUUCAAGAUUGGUCAAUUGGUCUGUUAAAUUGAACACUGCCAUUUCAAACUUGGAAGUCGAAAACAAGGAUGUUAAAGGUAGAACUUUGUUAAGUGUUCCUAAUUAUGAUGAAAAGGUCGAGUUUGGUGUCUUAACAUCAUUCGCCUAUCCAGUUGCUGAUUCUGAAACUGGUGAAAAAUUAAUUAUUGCCACCACAAGACCAGAAACUUUGUUUGGUGAUACAGCCAUUGCUGUUCACCCAGAUGAUCCACGUUACACUCACUUGCAUGGCAAAUUUGUUCAACAUCCAUUCUUACCAAGAAAGUUGCCUAUUGUCUUAGAUAAGGAAGCCGUUGAUAUGGAAUUCGGUACAGGUGCCGUGAAGAUUACUCCAGCACACGACCAAAACGAUUACCAAACCGGUAAGCGUCAUAACUUAGAAUUCAUUAAUAUUUUGACUGAUAAUGGUUUAUUAAAUGAAAACUGUGGUCCAGAAUGGGAAGGUAUGAGGAGAUUUGACGCUAGAAAGGCUGUCAUUGAAAAAUUAAAAGAGAUGGGCCUAUAUAUUGGUCAAGAAGACAAUGAAAUGACUAUUCCAACUUGUUCAAGAUCUGGUGAUAUCAUCGAACCAUUAUUAAAACCUCAAUGGUGGGUUGCUCAAGGCGAUAUGGCUAAGGAAGCUAUUAAGGUCGUCAAGAAUGGUGAAGUCACUAUUACACCAAAAUCUUCCGAAGCUGAGUAUUUCCACUGGUUAGAAAAUAUUCAAGACUGGUGUAUCUCAAGACAACUAUGGUGGGGUCACCGUUGUCCAGUUUAUUUCAUCAAGAUCGAAGGUAGAGAAGAUGAUAGAAAUGAUGGCACCUUUUGGGUUGCCGGUAGAAACCUUGCUGAAGCAGAAGAAAAAGCUAAGGCUAAAUACCCUAACGAAAAAUUCACUUUGGAACAGGACGAAGAUGUUUUAGAUACUUGGUUCUCUUCUGGUCUAUGGCCAUUUUCAACUUUAGGAUGGCCAGAAAAGACAGCUGACCUAGAACACUUUUACCCAUUCUCUAUGUUGGAAACCGGUUGGGAUAUUUUAUUCUUCUGGGUUAGUAGAAUGAUCUUAUUAGGUCUAAAGUUAACUGGUUCAGUUCCAUUCAAGGAAGUUUUCUGUCAUUCUUUAGUCCGUGAUGCUCAAGGUCGUAAGAUGUCUAAGUCUUUGGGUAAUGUUGUCGAUCCUUUGGAUGUCAUAAGUGGUAUCAAGCUAGAGGACCUACAUGCCAAGUUGUUAUUAGGUAACUUGGAUCCAAGAGAAGUUGAAAAGGCUAAGUUGGGUCAAAAGGAAUCUUAUCCAAAUGGUAUCCCACAAUGUGGUACCGAUGCUAUGAGAUUUGCUUUAUGUGCUUAUACUACUGGUGGACGUGAUAUCAACUUAGAUAUCCUUCGUGUGGAAGGUUACAGAAAGUUUUGUAACAAGAUCUACCAAGCCACCAAAUUUGCCUUGAUGAGAUUAGGUGAUGAUUACCAACCCCCAGCUGAAAAGCACCUAUCUGGUAAGGAAUCUUUGGUUGAAAAAUGGAUUUUACAUAAGCUAACCACCACCUCAAAGGUUGUCAAUGAAGCCCUUGAAAAGCGUGAUUUCUUGAACUCAACUAGUGCCAUUUAUGAAUUUUGGUACUUGGUCUGUGACGUCUAUAUUGAAAAUUCUAAGUAUUUGAUUCAAGAAGGUUCUCCAGAGGAACAAAAGUCUGCCAAGGAUACUUUGUAUACUUUAAUUGAAGAUGCCUUGAAGUUAAUUCACCCAUUCAUGCCAUUUAUCUCCGAAGAAUUGUGGCAACGUCUACCAAAGCGUGCUACUGAAACUUCUAACACCAUUGUCAAGGCUUCUUAUCCUGUCUAUGAACAAGAAUUUGAUAAUGAAAGUGCCGCUAAUGCAUAUGAACUGGUCUUGGAUGUUACCAAGGAAGCUCGUUCUUUACUAGCCGAAUACAAUAUCCUCAAAAACGGUAAAGUCUACGUUGAAUCCAACCAUGAUGAAUCCUUUGAAACAACUACUUCCCAAAAGGAUUCUAUUGUUUCCAUGAUUAAGGCCAUCGACGAAGUUACUGUUGUUCGUAAGAGCUCAGAAAUUCCAGAAGGGUGUGUCUUGAAGGCUGUUAAUCCAGAUGUUAACGUCCACUUGUUGGUUAAGGGUCAUAUUGAUAUUGAAGCCGAAAUUGCCAAGGUCCAAAAGAAGUUAGAAAAGGCUAAUAAAUCUAAGCAGAAUAUUGAACAAACAAUCGGGCGUAAGGAUUAUGAAUCUAAAGCAAAUGAUCAAGCUAAGGAGGCUAACAAGGUUAAAUUAGAAAAUAGUGUUGCUGAAAUUGAAGGGUUGGAAGCAACCAUCGAAAAUUUGAACCGUUUGAAAUUAUAA